AUGCAAAUCUUUGACGAGAAACAAUUGUUGUGGCAGAAUAGCAAGACCUGCAAGCAAUUGGUAGCCUUGGUCCAAGAUGUACUUGGUACAAAAACUGCGAAGAAAGUUCUCUGCUAUGGGCUUGGUGAUUUUUGCCGCACUGCGCCUGAAUGGCUAAAAAAGCAGGACGAUACUUGGGAUGAGAACUCGGAGGUCAAAAAUGUGACGGGCUGCAUGAUCCAGCAUUCGAUGGCUCUUACUAUCGCUCAACUUUGUCGUGGCCAUGAAACAUUGCCAUUGCUUGCCCAAGACCCAGAGUAUACAGAGGUCGCAGAAGAUAUCCUGACCAAGAAGGGAUUCAAAAUUGUUGGAACUCACGGAGCAGGAGGAUUUGCGGAAAUUGACGAAGGCUCAAUCAUAAUAUCACCCUUUGCUGCCGCGCCAGUCAAGCAGAUUAUCGCUGAUCUUGCUCGGCCUGUGCUCAUUAUUUCCGCUGGAUUUGCAGUCUUCAAUAGCCAUGAGUAA